AUUUGUAGGACUAUACUGUCUCCCGUGGCCUUGAUCCACUACCGGCUCUCAACGUGUCUACCAAAGCCGCUGUAUACAGCGGGAUCCUCUCCGUGGAUGUCAAGACCCUUGAUCUCGAUUGCUCUGGUAUCAACUGUACGUGGCCCAUCAUACCAACACUGGGAGUCUGCGGCGAGUGCAACCCUCUAGAAAUGAGGACUAUAUGUACCGACAAAUCGCAGACGUGUCGGUACAGCUUGCCCAAAGGCACGUCAGUGGAGAUCAGCCGGAAUGCCCCGACCACUGAGCGAUUCAAGACGGCCGCAUCGGAGGGCAUCAUCCACCGGUUUAAUUCAACGACACAAACAUACAUAUCCGUUUUCGACGUCCUGUGGGUUAUGAAAAGCAAACGAGAGACGAAAAGUGUUGCUCAGGAAUGCGCCCUGUGGUUCUGCGUGAAGAGCUACAACUUCAAGAUCACCGAGGGCCAGCUAAAGCAAAAUAUCACCAAGCGUUGGCCCACGACACGGUUUGAACUGAGCAACAGCGCGCACGGGGACGAAUACGUCUUUGUUGAUAUCCCAAAAGACAUGAACGCCGCAUCAGAAUCAAGAUACAGCGUCUCCAAAAAAGCACUGGCUGCGCUGCGGAGGUUCGUAGACCCGCUUGUCGAGACAACGUACGAGAAGCAGUACACGAUCAUCAACUUUUCGUCAGAUUGGGCCGAAGGGAUCUACAACGCGAGAGAAAAACUGCCGGAAUGGAUUGACCGGUUUAGCAUCAGUCUGACGAAUGAGGUACGACUCCACGGCGAAAUUCGGGACAAGGACCGACAUCGAUAUACUGGACAUGCAUAUGUGAUGGUGCAGGUCAUUUUCGUAGACUGGAUGUGGAUGUUGUUCCCGACAGGCCUCAUCAUCAUCAGCAUCUACCACCUCUUUCACACCAUCAUCAGAGGCGCUCGCGACGGCAUAUCGGUGUGGAAAAGCGAUUCGUUGCCGAUGCUCUUUUGUCGGAUCGAUGCCUCGAUUCUCGCAAAGGUCGGCGAUGGCAUGGAUGUGCCCAACGGACUGGAUGAAGCUGUCGGUGAUGUCAAGGUAUGCUUAUUGAGGGAAGAUGAUGGCGACUGGGUGUUCAAGCCAAUCGAAAGCGAGGAGUCGUCUUCUUCAUCGUCGUCUGAAUCUGAUUCUGGAUUCUGACUGAGAAGCAUCAUGGUGGUCCUAGUCAGAAGUC